AUGUGCUCGUCCGUUAAUGUUGACGAAAUUUUUGUGCCAAGCUCGAAUUUCUCGAGCGUUGCAAGCAAGGAGUUGUUUAUUGCCGACACUCUUAGUCGGGCUCCGUCGCCCAGCCUUUUCAACGAUGACGUCACGCAAAACUGCGAGGAGCAAGUACAUGCCGUUCUCGACCUCAUCAUCCCUCAUGAUUCGACUAGAGUCAAGUUUGCUGAAGCGACGGCCGCUGAUCCAACUCUCCGCCUGCUCAUGGAAGUCCUUCGUCGUGGGUGGCCUGACCACAAGUCUCAGUGUCCCGUUUCUGUCAAGCCGUUUUGGAAAGUCCGCCACCAAUUGUCUGAAGCUGGUGGUCUACUACUCAACGGGAGCCGCCUGGUGGUUCCAGUGGCGCUUCGACAGGAGGUGUUGGCCGGCAUUCAUGACGGCCAUUUUGGAGAGGUAAAAUGUGUCCUGCGAGCAAAAUCGGCCGUGUAUUGGCCCGGUUGUGACGAUCAUAUUCGCAACAUGGUGGCCAGCUGUGCUACAUGUCAAACGUAUCGCAAUCGCAAUCCGUCUCAGCCUCUUCGCCCAGUGCCGUUGCCGGUGCAUGCGUUCCAGUUGGUGUCGGCUGAUCUCUUUCUUUUUAAUGGAGUCAACUAUGUCCUGGUGGUCGACGCGUACAGCAAAUGGCCAGCAUGCGUGCCCUUGCGCACUCUCUCGUCUUCGUCCGUCAUCGCUGAGGUUGAAAGAAUCUUUAGUGAUUUUGGCGUUCCGGAAGUUGUUAUGUCUGACAACGGCUCUCAGUAUGAUUGUGAAGAAUUUCGAGCGUAUUGCAAAAGCCGCGCUAUUCGUUCCGUGUCCUCCAGCCCAACGUAUGCACAGUCUAAUGGGCUAGUGGAGCGCCACAUCCAAACAGUAAAAAAAACACUGUUGAAAAUGUUUGCUGACGGGCGGUCUCUGUGGGAGGCGUUGGCAGCGAUUCGGUCCACCCCAAUAUCAUCAGAGCUCCCAUCUCCAGCAGUAUUGUUACAGGGGCGGAACCUUCGUGGCAGCUUGCCUUUUCUACAAAAUCGUCUAGUCCCGCAGUAUGUGCCUGCAGAGUUUGUUCGGGCCCAGCUCCAACGUCGUCAAGCGUCGGCCUGUUUUAGUCAUGGGGGUCGUCCGGAUAUUCGGGGCUCGGCGCUCUUUGUUGGUCAAAGAGUGAGAGCGUUCGUCUCUGGUCUAUGGUUGGCUGGUGCUGUGGAGGCUGUAUGCAGUGAGCCGGACUCGUAUGUGGUUCGGUUGAUGGACGGACGAGCGUUUCGUCGCACACAUCGUGACAUCAAUCUGGACAACUCGCCUUCAGCGAGAUUCGGCGCUGGUCAACAGAGUAGCGGAGUGGCUGGGUCCUCAUCUAGUGUUCGUGGCUAUCGUGCGCCUGCAUCCGCUAGUAAUCUACUUCCGGUGUUGUCUUGGACACCACCAACUCCGCCUGUCCUCGCUGUCAACCGUCAAGCGGCUUCAUCAGUUCCGGCAGCUAUAAAUCAGCCGUCAACAGUUCCGCCGGGGCCACUGGUGGUGGUCACUUCUUCUUCCGCAACGAUUCCACCGGCGGAUUCUCAAUCACAGGCUGCACGCCAUCAAUUUGUUCGCAAGCCGCGUACGGCCAAGGUUUGGCCAGCGAGUUCACGUAGUAGUUCCAGGGUGGCAGCGCAGCGUCAGGCCCGUUCGUCAGAACAGACGGUCCGUCUCGUUAGUCCGGCUCGUCCUCCUGAUCCGGUUGUGCAAAUAGCAGGUCAAAACUUGGGAGCGGAACCAGCGACCAUUCAAGAGUAG